AACCCCACCGAAGAAGAAGUACCUCAGAAUAAAAAUGGCGGAGACUGGUAAACGUGAAGUUGAUUUUGCGGACAGAAAUGAAACUGAUGCUGCUAAGGCCAAACGACUAAAGAAUGACCCGAAUAGUGACCAAGAUAAUCACAAUGAAUCAGCAUCUGCAAAUCCUUUGUUCGGGUUUAAAACAACAACGGUUCUGCGGGACUCUGCACGGGAGAAAAAUAUGUUCAUACACGGAAAGUUGAACGACCAGGAUGCGGUCAUCAUUUUGGAGAAGACCCCUAUCAGGGAAGACACCCUGUUGGAGAUUUUCAAUGGCUCCAGAAUGAAGUUGGACAUGAGGAAUGAUAUCUACAGCACGUAUCAACUCCAACCCCCUGCUCAUUUGAAUGAGAUGAAGACCACAGUGGUGUGUCCGGCCACAGAGAAGCAUGUGAAGAAAUACCUGCGCCAGGAGACCUACUUGGUGCAGGAGACUGGGGAGGACUACCGCUCUAUCACCCUACCUUACAUUCAGAGUCAGAGCUUCAGUGUACAGUGGGUGUACAACAUCUUGGAGAAGAAAGCGGAGGCAGACCGCAUCGUUUAUGAGGACCCAGACCAGGACGUCGGCUUUGUCCUGCUCCCAGACUUCAAGUGGGACCAAAAGCAGUUGGAUGACUUGCAUUUGAUUGCCAUCGUUCAUCAAAGGGACAUCAAAAGUUUGCGAGACCUGACAGCGCUGCAUCUGCCAUUGCUGUCUAACAUCCGCAAGAAGGGAGAGGAGAGCAUUCUGAAGCGGUACGGUGUGGCAGCCAGUAAGCUGAAGGUGUACCUCCACUACCAGCCGUCCUACUACCACCUCCACAUCCACUUCAACGCCCUGAGCUACGAGGCCCCGGGCUGCGGGGUGGAACAUGCCCACCUGCUGUCGGACGUCAUCCAGAACCUCCAGGCAGACUCCCAGUACUACCACAGUCGCUCCCUCUCCUUUCCCUUGCGGGCUGACCAAGGCCUGCUCAGCAAGUUCAAGGAUGCCGGCAAGCUGUAGUGUCUAGACGCCCAAACACGACAACACUACUACGGUAGGACCUCAGAGGGAUGAACACGUUGGGAAUGGUGGUGGUUUGGAACUCUGGCCUUUUCGCAAUUGAAUUUGCUAAAAUCCUGUGUCUUCUCUUCUCCGUCCUCUCUCGCCUUCUUUUUAAAAAGGUCAUGGAGAGGCAGCGAGGAGAGGUAAUGUGGACGAAAAUAUGCUUGUAUGAAAUUACUCCUCCACUCGCGUGUUGCAUGAAUGAUGUUUACAGGGGUAAAUCAAAAAAUAAAUGUGUUAAGUGAUAAAAACAUAUUACGUUAGUUGUGCCGGACAUUUUAUAGAUAAAACGAUAAGUAGCAUAUUGAUUUUCAACGUGUGCAUGCUUUUCUCCUCAGAAAAAACUAACACUGAUUCAAAGAGGGUUUGGCAGAUUUCAAAACUCUUCCACGAAAGACUUGCAUGUUUAUCCUCGAUGAAAGGUGGCUAUCGAGAAGGGGAGGACACUCUUCUGUUAGCCUAUUAACGAAUUGACAUCUCCUCAACCACUUAUCGGGUUCCUGGUCAUGGAGGAGAGAGGGUGGAGGACAGACUUUUUCCCAAAUGAGAAAAGGCCACAAUUGUCCGUCACUUUGACAUUCACUUACAAACCAAAAAUCAGUAUUAGAAAAUAUUCAUGCAGAUUUUGUUUUCUAAUAAUUUUGCCAGAUACUGUACAUACAGUGCCUUCAGAAAGUAUUCAUACCCCUUGACUUAUUCCACAUUUUGUUACAGCCUGAAAUCAAAAUGGAGAAAAAAAGUCUCACCCAUCUACACACAAUAGCCCAUAAUGACAAAGUGGAAAAAAAAAUCAUUUUUGCAUAUGUAUUUCAAAUGAAAUGCAUCUCAUUUAUAUACGUAAUCACACCACUUAGUCAAUACAUGUUAGAAUGACCUUUGGCAGGGAUUACAGCUGCGAGUCUUUCUGGGUAUGUUUCUAAGAACUUUGCACACUUGGAUCGUACAAUAUUUGCCCAUUAUUCUUUUCAGAAUUCUUCAAGCUCUGUCAAGUUGGUUGUUGAUCAUUGCUUGACAACCAUUUUCAAGUCUUGCCAUAGAUUUCACUUAAAUCUGCUUGAAAAUCUAACUCAGCCACUCAAACAUUCAGUGUUUUAUUGGUAAGCAACUGCAGUGUAGACUUGACCUUGUGUUUUAGGUUAUUAUCCUGCUGAAAGGGGAAUUCACCUCCCAGUCUGGUGGAAAGCAGACAACCAGGUAUUCCUCUAGGAUUUUGCCUGUGCUUAGCUCCAUGAUGCGUUUAUUUUUUUAUCCUGAAAAACUCCCCAGUCCUUAUCGAUUACAAGAAUACCCAUAACAUGAUGCAGCCACCAAUAUGCUUGAAAUUAUGGAGAGUGGUACUCAGUAAUACGUUUGGGGCAAAUCCAAUACAACACUUUAUAUUCUGGACAAAAAAUGAAUUGCUUUUCCACAUUUUUUGGCACUAUUACUUUAGUGCCUUGUUGCAAACAGUAUGUAUGUUUUUGGAUAGUUUUCAUUCUGUACAGGCUUCCUUUUCACACUAUCAAUUAGGUUAGUAUUGUGGAGUAAAUACAAUGUUGUUGAUCCAUCCUCCCUUUUCUCUUAUCACACCCAUUCAACUCUGUAACUGUUUUAAAGUCACUAUUGGCCUCAUGGUGAAAUCCCUGAGCGGUUUCCUUCCUCUCCGGCAACUGAGUUAGGAAGGACACCUGUAACUUUAGUGACUGGGUGUGUUGAUACACCAUCCAAAGUGUAAUUAAUAACUUCACUAUGCUCAAAGUGAUAUUUGAUGUCUUUUUUUUACCCAUCUACCAAUAGGUUCCCUUCUUUGUGAGGCAUUGGAAAACCUCUCAGGUCUUUGUGGUUGAAUCUGUGUUUGAAAUUCACUGCUCGACUGAGGGAUCUUACCGAUACUUGUAUGUGUGGGGUACAGAGAUGUAGUCAUUCAAACAUCAUGUUAAACAUUUAUUGCACAGAGUGAGUCCAUGAAACUUCUGUGACUUAAGCAAUUUGUUAUACUCCUGAACUUUAGGCUUCCCAUAACAAAGGAGUUGAAUACUUAUUGACUCAAGACAUUUGAGCUUUUCAUUUUUAAUUAAUUUGUAAACAUUUCAAAAAACAAAAUUCCACUUUGACAUUAUGGGUUAUUGUGUAUAGGCCAGUGACCCAAAAAAUAUAUUUAAUACGUUUUAAAUUCAGGCUGUAACACAAUGUUGAAAAAGUCUUUCUGAAAGCACUGUAUCUGUUUCUCUGUAGCCUAUAGAUUAUUUUGUUUUUAAUACAAGUCCUGAGGAUUGAGGUUCAACUGUAGUUGUACUGUAUUGCCUUGGUGGAUUCAGAAUUGCUAAUUUUUUGUUAAACUUUUAAAAUAUAUUUGUUGAACAGAAAUAAAGAAUUGUACAACCGUU